UAUUAUUCUACGAUUGAAAUACUACUGGAAAUGAAAAAUCACGUAAUCAGAGUAGACAAGUAAAUAUUUUAGUCACUUUAUUCAUGAGAACAAAAAGACGAUUUCAGUAAAAGUCAACACUAGAAUGAAACGAGGUGGGCUCAGCCGAAUCAAUGAGAAUUUUGAGCUUACAUAUCUGAUUCCGUUGAGAAUAAACACACAAUAAUAAAGAUACAUCAGUCAAAGAUCAAUUAUAACAAAUGCAUUCAUAAUGUUUGAUAAAGAGAUAUGAUACCAGAUUAUUUGACAAAAUUUCAAACUAACAAUUUUAUAAGGAAUUCCCUAGGUUGUGUGACAAAUGCCAAAGAAUCAGGAUUAGUGCAUUCUUCAGUCGUCAGUAACACUGGUAUUGGACUUGAACCAUUUAUAGGCAUGAGUGAUUAUAACAUUCCAAUAGAAAGUAACUCACCAAAUGUAGAAAAUUAUGCUACAAACACAAUACGUGUUCUAGCAGAUAUGUUCACAUGUAGACUGUCAAAUUUUCCUAUGACAGUUGGGAUUUUCACUCAUAAAAACAAUCAAGAAUAUCUUUCACAACUAGCAAGUGAACUACACAACUUCAAUCGUCCUGAAAAUCCAAUACCCUUGAAAUUUAGCAAAUUACUCUUCGUAUUUCCUCUAGUAAUCAGUACCAUUUUAGGCUAUUUUGUUGGAAUGCUUACUAGUUGGCAGGUUGGCUUAUCUAUUGGACAUAUUGGUAUGUUCAUACAAAUUACUUUUCUAGCAUUGAUUAUAACGGGAUCCCGAUUUUGUCAAAAACCGAUUGCUAUACGCGCCAGUUAUUCAAUAGCAUGCUUUCUUCAAUGGCUUAAACUCUUUUUAAAUGUCUGCUUUUGUUAUCCUAUCAAGUCAGUGAAUACUAAAUCGCCAGUCAAAAUUAUUAUUGUAUAUCAUCGGAUAUGCCCUUCCUCAACAACAAAUAUGGCAUUAUUUUCAUUGGUUGAAAAAAUGUGGUUUGGUUUGGUUCGACAUUAUGGACAAAUUUUAAUCAGACUUCAGAGGGCUGGAAAACCCUCGGGAAGUUCAACUAGUAAAUAUAAACGUGUUUGCUGUUUACCUGCAUUUGUUGUAAUGAUAGCCUUUUGGAUUUCAUUUCUUAUUUCUACUAGUAUCAUGCGUUUAUACUCAGGUCAAUUAGCUAAAUUACUUAGACAUGGUGGACUACUACCUUUGUUUGUAAUUAUGAGUUCAAUAAUGUUUCUUAGCUUUUUUGGAUCAUUACCAUCGUUAUUACGAAUAGUGAAAGGUUUAUUGAUUAAUCCAAUUAAACCUGUGAAAACUGCAUUAACAGCAUUUCUACGAACUAACAAUGAAAUGGAUAAUGAAUAUUUUAGCUCAAAAUCUGUUGGAAAAAUCAAUGAAGCUGCUCUUCUUUCCAGUUCAACAUCAUUUAAAGAUUUAGCUAUAACAGCUGAAGAACAAAGAGCAUGUAGAGCAGAUUUAUUUAUCAAAUCAGAAUUUGCUAAAAUUUGUAAUUUAUCUGUUACAUUUGAUCGGUUUACUAAUACGCAACAAACUCGAUUCAUUUUAUGCUUAGACGCUAGUAGUACAUUACAAAAAGAUUUACUAGCAAAAUUAAUUUAUCAAAUACAUAAUUUAAUAUUAUCUGAUAUGAAUGCACCAGUUGCUGUUGUACUGGAGGCAAAUUUUAGAAUACUUUUAGGUGAUCUAGUAUGCAGUACAAUUUUAUCGCCAUGUAAUACAACCUUUUGUAAUAGUUUCACACAAGAACCAAAGCUGAUUGCACAAAUAGUUGGUGAUAAUGUUCAUUUAGUGCAUGCUAACUUACAUUUACCAUUAUAUUUAGAACCGCCAAUUUUUUAUGAUUCCCCUGAAACGACAAAACCACAUGAUGAACAAACAAAACAUAAUCAGCUCUUAGGUUCAUCAUUGAAUGGUUACUCACCUGCGAUAGCUACAUUACAAUCCAAUACAAUGCCGACAGCAGAAAUAUCAACUGUCAAUAUAUCAACAAGAAAAGUAUCAUGCAAUCCGAAUUAUAAUUCAAGUUAUGUCCCAAGAGCUAUGUUUAACAAUUUUUACGGAACAAACAUGAUUGACCAAAAUAAUUCCAAAAUAACCCCAAUAAAUACUGAAAAAGAACAAAUUAAAGAUGAAGUCACAGAAGUACAUGAGCUUAUCAGUGUAAAUGAUAUCGCGAGUAUGUUUUUACAUAACCAUGAUCUAUCUGAUUGGAAUGGAAAAGUAGUUAAACAGAUGGUGUUGUCUACAGCAUUUACAUAUCGUUUACUAAAACUGUACCACGUGAAUAUUGAGAUCGAACUGGUGAUUUUGUGGACUACACUUGUUCAUUAUUGGCCAUAUCAUACAACAUGGUUGAUAAUUUAUCUAGAAGAGUUGACUGCUUCAAAUUCAAUAAAUUCCAGCAAAGAACAAAAUCUUGAAGUGAAGAUUAAUCUAAUGGAGGCCUUUCUAGAGGUUAAAAAACGAGUUAGUGAAUCGAUUGAAAUGCUGGAAGCUUUAGCAACAGAAGAUAGAGAUUUAGAACGACUUAAUAAGUUUCUUUAUUCAAAAUCAUCUACUCAAAUUCCGGUGAAAUCUUUAAAACAGAUUAUCGCAUUUAGCCUCAUACAUAAUCCAUUUAUUCGUUAUUCAAUUCAAGCUUUAGUGGGUAUCAGAAAUGAGCGCCAAUCAUCCGAUCUACAUCACUGUUUCGUGAAUCCCCUUGGUAUAGUUGUUGAAGAAAAGGGUGAUAAUACUAGUCAUAGUAAUGCGUCAGAUAAUAUGGUACAGACAAAUUCAAUACCCAUAUAUGCAAGUAUUCAGUUGAACUCUUCAAAGGGUUAUGCUAAUCAAAUAGGUUGCAAAGCAACUGGUUCAUUAUCGUCUGCUGAAAAUCUUCCUUCCAAUACUUACUGGCCAUAUUCGUCUGAUACAACUGCAAAAGGGUUUAACUUCUCAAAUAAACCAUACUCUGUGAGUUUGAAGAAAAGAUAUCAGUCUAUUCCAAUUAAUCAGUUCACAGUUAAUGAUGUCUGUGAGUUAUUUUCAAGUAUCGUUGACAUUGACCCGUCUCAUAUGCAAUCUUAUAUAUCCAGAAUUAAACAACUAAAUAUUAAUGGGAUUGUGCUCUCAGUAUGUGAUCUGGAAAAAUUAAGACAAGAAUUAAUGAUUGAAAUAAGUGACUGGCAAUUGAUUUAUAACUUGAUAACUUGGUUACGAUCAUCAUCUACUGAUGGAAACAGAACUUUCUCAGAGAGUUCACAGCAAAGAAUAGGUGGUAUCUCUUCAAAUGAUUUUGACGCAAGCGACUUUUUAGCUGGAUAUAAUACAACUUCGAAAGAUAAACACCAGCAAUCACAACAACCACUAACUAACCAUGCAUUACUUACAUCAGUGCCAUCACUGAAUUCUGAAAAAGUGCCAUAUACUCCCGGUCAAAAAUUGAAAACAUCCAAUCCUUUUCUUGUUAGACAAACACCUUGGCUUAUUUCACCAAAAAUACCUAUCACAAGUUUAUCAUCAAAUGGAAAAUUACUCGAACCAUUCCAAGAAUUUACUCUUCAACAUUGUCCUAGUCCAGAUACUUCUGAUCAACAGAAUUCAUGUAGCGCUAUGGAAGAACCAGAGUCUUUGUGGAAAACUGAUAGUUUAAUAAAUGUUCCUACAUCCACAGAUCAAACACCCGUUACACAACAAAACUUUUUGGGUGGAACCAUUGAAAACUCACAUUUAAUCGAUAACCCCAACCUAUUUUCAAAUCCUGAAAGCUUGAGUCAAGCAAAAGAAACAAGACGAACAAGCAGACAUUUGAACAAUCUUGAGAUGAGUAUCAAAAAAGCAGAAGGUAAAGUUAUACCAGUACAUUCCUUUCAUCGAGGUUUACAAAACUCAAUCCAUUCGAAUCGAUUCGUAAAUAAAAAUGGUUAUGCCAGUCGUUCAACCAUUGAUUUAAGAACAGUUUUCGGUCCUGAACAAAAAAAUACAUCCAAUGUAAAUUUAUUGAGUAAUUACAGAAUUAUACAUAAUUCGAAGAGAAACCGUGUUAAAAAAGCUUUAAUUGAACAGCAUCAAAGGCAACAACUACAACGGAAUCCUUUAACUCACAAUCCUAAUUUUAAUUAUUUUGUUAAUCCAGAAUAUUACUCUUCAUCAUUUAUGUGUCCAAUAUCAAAACAUAGUGCAACUUUUUAUAACCAAGAUUCCAAUCUGCAAAAUAUAAAAGUUCCUAAUUUAAGGCGUGUUACUAAACAGCCUCGUCGUAAGUAUGAUUAUCAGACUAUGGAGAAUAAUAUACCUAUGGUAAUUACUAAUGGUUAUAACAAUGGCAACAUUAAUAAUAACAACGAGGAUCAUAUCAAUAAUACAACACCAAACAAAGUUCAUAUUCGACAAUCCCAUUUACAAGAAUCCUUGAAUAAUGUUGAAUCUGAAACAGAUGAUACAGUCCAGUCUUCGGACAACAAAAGUCAUCAUCUCAAGUUUAUUCCUCAAAAGAAAUCAUUAAAUUAUUUAAAAUACUAUCCUUCACAUAAGAUUCAUCCAAAACCAAUUUUCCCUUCACCAGCUCUAACACCAGCUCAAUUAGCUAGUUUGCAAGCUUAUACUGAAUGGUCAACAAAAAUGAAUCCUUACUUUGAAAAUACAUCAACACUUACUAACCCUGCGUCUUAUAUUCCGAAUAAUUCAACUAAUAUUUGGACAAAUUUUCUUGGACAGCAUCAACCUAAUAAUUUCUCUGUAUUUAAACCAAGUACAGAUAAAAAAUCUGAUCAUAAAGCAUUUAGACCGAGUCAGAAGAAAAAACCAAGAAAAACAAAUCCCGAUGAAGAGGAAUUCAUAACAAAUUCCAAUAAAGAAUGUCCGCCAAGUAAUUUGACAAAAGCUAAUCCUUAUUUAUUCACAUUAUCAUGUGAUUCAGAAGCUGAUAUUUGUACAUGUGACUAUUGGUAUGAAUUAGAAAAAGCAAGAGAAAAGUUUACCAUAAGUGAACCAUCUUUAAGAGCUGAAUCAGAUUUAAUAAGUAUCGAUGAUUUUGUAAUUGAUAAUGACUCUCAGUCAAGUGUCACAGAAUCGUUGAAUUCAACAGAUAUUUUACAAACAGAUAAGAGUAAACUUUCAAAAUAA